CGGGGUUAUUCCCUCCCACACAACAACACUCAUAUCCCAAAAUUAUUCAGUACCCCCAAAUUUUCUAUCUUCUCCUUCGUCUCCCCUCACCCUCCCACACUGCUCGCGACUCACUUCACCCUCACACUUAAUCGUUCUUGACUGAGUGAGAGAAGAGUAAUUAGAUGAAGGAGUGACGUAUUCAUCUGCGUUUUCAACUCAGAUCUGAAUUUUCAUCUUCAUGCCGGAAUAAUCAUGGUUUUAAAUUCAAGGGUUUUCUACAAAUUAAUUCUAACCACUACUAAUUUCAAUUAAUUUAUCAAUGUUGUACUCAUUUGGUUCGUGCAUCUCGAUUUUUCAGGUGAUUAGAUUUUACAGCUUGUGAAAUUAGAGCUUUCAAUUGGGGCUUGAAAUCAAGGUAAAUGGGGUUGUAUUUUUGGGUUUCAAUUGAUGUAUUUUGGGUCCUUACAUUUUCAUACAUAUAUUUAUAUGAUGUGUUUUUUUGGUAUGUAUUAUAUGGGGAGAGAUCAAUGGAGAGGGUGGGGAAGAUUAAGUAAGAAAGAAAGAGAUUACUAGAGAGAGGGGGAAGAGUGAAUGGGUUUUACUUGAUGUUCAUCUAUGUAGCGAGCAAACUAAUAUAUUAGCAGAGAAAAACUUAAUAUGGAGGAAAACUGAGUACCUCUAUUUCAUUGAAAAACAAAGUGAACUGAAUACAACGCAAAUAAAACAAUACAACUGUGCACACCCAGGGUGGUGGCUGAAAACUCGGAAACUGCAAAACUAACUUCCUAGUCUCAUUCAAACUCUAUCACCUAUCCACUACCUUCCUAUUACUACGUUACUGACUACAUCGUGCAUUCAUGCAACGUAUCAGCAAUUUAUUUACUGAAAUAAAAUAUAAAAACAUGUUUGGAUUAAAUAUAACUCCAACAAUCUAAAGAUUCUUGUAUAAUAUGUAUAUGUUCAUUUACUGGAAACUCCUGAUGGAACAAUUUUUGGGAGCAAUGUCAUUGCACGAUAUGGUAAGCUUUAAACCUUCUUUUGUUCAUUUUUCCAGUAUAUAUUGAUUAAUUCUUAUUUGGUUCUUAAUAUCUUUUGCUUAAGCACUAAAUCGAAUGUAGUAAUAUAAAUUUUACUUUAUUUUACUUAUUCCAAUUGUAGUUUGUUUCUUCCCUUGAUUCCAAAACUUUUUAAUUACAUAUACAACAACAAAUAAAUAAAUAAAUAAAUAAAGCACUUCAUCUUACUCUUAUCUCGACUCUGUGAAUUCUGGGACUCAUUUUUGCCUUGAGCUCCUCUACCACCACCUGAUCUGCCAUUGUAAUUUCCUCUGCCACGAAAUGAACCCCUGCCUCGAUUCUUCGAAAAACCGUCCGAAGCACCCCUGGUUGAUCGUGUCAGCAACAGCUUUCCUUCAUUACUGUUGUCCUCAGACCCACGUACUCGCUCCUCAUGAGCUUUCAACCGGCCAAUGGUCUCUUCGACAGUCAUUGACUUAAGAUUACCAAAUUGUUCUAUCGUAGAAGCAAUUUGUACAAACUUGUGUGGGACAACACACAAUAUUUUCUUCACUACAUAGGACUCUUCCAUCGGUUCACCCAGAGUGCGUAUGUUUGUGACAAUACCACCUAGCUUCAUGUAAAACUCGUCCAAACUCUCUGUCUCCUUCAUGGACAAAGCCUCAAAUUCAGCCUUGAGUGUCUGCACCUUGGCCUCUUAAACUCUUUCUGCCCCCAUACACAUAGUCUUUAUUGCUUCCCAUGCCACCUUAGCUGUUUUCUUACCGGCUAGAGUUAACAUGAACUCCUCUGGAAUUCCUUGAUAAAUAGCAGCCAGCGCCAUUUUAUCCAUCCGUGUUUCAACGUUCACCUUCGGGUCACUAGGCUCCACAGCCUCCCAAACUCCCUGAGCUUCCAUGAAGACCUGCAUCUUCAUUGACCACGCCGUGUAGUUGGAUCUUGACAACAUUGGAUAGUUUAUACUCACUGUUCCCUCCUUUACUUUUGAUGCCUCCAUAGUCAUCAAUCUCGGCAUAUAUUUUGGCAUAAACAACCUCGCUCUGAUACCAAAUGUAGCGAGCAAACUAAUAUAUUAGCAGAGAAAAACUUAAUAUGGAGGAAAACUGAGUACCUCUAUUUCAUUGAAAAACAAAGUGAACUGAAUACAACGCAAAUAAAACAAUACAACUGUGCACACCCAGGGUGGUGGCUGAAACCUCGGAAACUGCAAAACUAACUUCCUAGUCUCAUUCAAACUCUAUCACCUAUCCACUACCUUCCUAUUACUACGUUACUGACUACAUCGUGCUUUCAUGCAACGUAUCAGCAAUUUAUUUACUGAAAUAAAAUAUAAAAACAUGUUUGGAUUAAAUAUAACUCCAACAAUCUAAAGAUUCUUGUAUAAUAUGUAUAUGUUCAUUUACUGGAAACUCCUGAUGGAACAAUUUUUGGGAGCAAUGUCAUUGCACGAUAUGUCUCCAGAGCUAUUUAUAACAUCUCUUAUUCUUGCAAUACCAAAAGCUAUUUAUAAUGCUGGCAUAGAGGCUUCUCAAGUUGAUUUUUAUGAAAUCAAUGAAGAUUUUGCGGUUGUGGCUCUUGCAAACCAGAAGUUGCUUGGCCUGGAUCUACUCUUGGUCAUCUUCCAGUGUGAGGCCCUUAGUUGUGCAUUCCCGGCUUCUUUAGCCCAAGUAAUCCUUGCGACAAACACCAACAAUAUAAUAUGAUCACCCAACCAACCAUCCUAAUGAAGAAUCAUGUGAGCAAUCUGCCAAGUCACAGAUGAACUCUAGAUGCCAUUUUGCACCAUCAAGGCAGCCAAUGAUAGCGCUCACUGCUAUAGAAACACAUAUUGACUCAUAUACAAGGCCAAGUUGAUUAACUUUCGGUGAGGUUGCAAUUAAAGGUAGAUUAAUUUAUGUUUUGUUUAUUGUAUAUCUUUAGGUUAUUUAGAUAUUUGGGAUUUGUCAUCCUCACGUGACAUAUUGGUGGAUAUUUGAUGAUAUACUUGGUUGGUUGUAAUGGUGUUUAUUAGUUCGGAAUGAUAAGUUUUGUUUACAAAUUUUUGAAUUGUUUCUCUAG